AAAAAUUUCCAUCCCACGGCAAAAUCACCAAACAGAUGACUCAGUUGAGUUGCAAAAUACCACCCAUUGCAACAAAAUAUAGCACUAAACAGCUACUCCUUAAACUCAACGUUUCACUCUCAAAUUUCAAUCGUUGUUCCCGUUACCAAGAUGCUCUCCAUCUCUUCCUCCAAUUCCAGUCUUCCCAUCACGUCAAACCAGACAUCUACACUCUCUCCACAACCAUUACUGCCUGCGCAAAUCUCCGCAACUCCACCUUCGGUGACCAACUCCAUGCCUACGCUAUACGCACCGGUCUUAAACUAUCUUCUUACGUGGCUAAUACUAUUCUUUCGCUGUAUAAAAACACGCAAGAUUUUUGUUUAGUUAAAAGGGUCUUUGCUGAAAUAGAAAACCCAGAUGUUUAUUCUUGGACAACGAUGUUGUCCUGUUGUACUAAGAUGGGUCAUUUUGGUUAUGCUUGUGAAUUGUUUGAUAAAAUUCCUAACAGAGACUUAGCUGUUUACAAUUCGAUGAUUACCGGGUGUAUGGAAAACGGGUAUGAAGAUAUUGGUAUUAGUUUGUUUAAAGAAAUGCAUAGAUUGGGUAUUGGGCAUGAUAAGUAUAGUUUGGGUAGCGUGUUAAGUGUGUUUGAUAUAGGGUUAGUUGAACUUGGGAGGCAAGUGCAUUCGUUGGUGAUUAAAACUGGGUUUUUUGUUAGAGUUUCUGUGGUCAAUGCGUUGAUUACUAUGUACUUUAACUGUGGAAUUUUUGCAGAUGCGAGUAUGAUUUUUGAAGAGGCAAGAAAUUUUGUGUAUGAUAAUAUUAGUUUUAAUGUGAUGAUGGAUGGUUUGGUGAGUUUAGGAAGAGUUGAAGAGGCUUUAAUGAUGUUCAAGGAGAUGCUACAGGCUUCUCUUAGGCCUAGUGAAUUGAGUUUUGUGAGUUCAAUGAGUGCAUGUUUUUGUGUUAGAGUUGGAAGGCAAGUGCAUGCUCAAGCAGUCAAGAAUGGUUUUGAAGCAUUAACUCCUGUGAGCAAUGCAGCAAUGUCCAUGUAUUCCACCUGUGGGGAUUUAGAUGCUGCUCAGAGGGUUUUUCAGAACUUGGAAGAGAAAGAUCUUGUCUCAUGGAAUACUAUAAUAUCAAGUUACGCUCAAGGUAAACUGGGUAGAAUGGCAAUCGCGGCCUAUCUUAGAAUGGGGCAGGCAACAGUGAAACCGGAUGAGUUUACUUUUGGAAGUCUGCUGGCAAGCUCGGAGUUUGUAGAAAUCACAGAGAUUAUUCACGCCCUUGUAUUUAGAAAUGGGAUCAUUUCAAAUAUCCAAGUUUCAAAUGCAUUGAUUUCUGCAUAUUCAAAACAUGAGCAAAUAAAGCAUGCCUAUCAAAUAUUUCAUGGCAUGUCUUAUAGAAAUUUGGUAACCUGGAAUACUAUCAUUUCUGGUUUCCUUUUAAAUGGGUUUCCAAUGCAAGGAUUAGAGCUUUUUUGCAAAUUGCUGAUGUCAGAUGUCAAGCUUGAUGUAUAUACCCUGAGCAUUGUUUUGAGUAUUUGUGCUAGUGUUUCAUCAUUAAGACAUGGGAAACAGGUUCAUGGUUACAUCUUGAGAUAUAAUCUUUUCUCAAAUACCUCUCUAGGCAAUGGUCUAAUAACAAUGUACACAAAAUGUGGGAAUUUGAGUUGUUCUGUGAGAGUGUUUAAUGGGAUGAUUGAAAAGGAUACUGUCUCUUGGAAUGCCCUAAUCUCUGCAUAUGCUCAGCAUGGAGAAGGAAAGGAAGCUGUCAGUUGUUUUGAGGCAAUGCAAGAUGCAGGUGGCCUUAUACCUGACCAGGCCACCUUCACUGCUGUUCUUUCCGCUUGCAGCCAUGCAGGUUUAGUUGAUGAUGGCACUAGGAUAUUCAACUGCAUGGUGAACUAUUAUGGUUUUGCUCCUGCAGAAGAUCAUCUAUCUUGUAUGCUUGACCUUCUUGGAAGAGCAGGGUAUCUUGAUGAAGCUGAGAGACUAAUAAAUAGUCAGCAUAUUCAAGUGCCUUCGAGUGUCUGGUGGACCUUAUUUAGUGCUUGUGCUGCUCAUGGUAAUUUAAGACUAGGAAGAAUAAUUGCUGGCUUUCUCCUUGAAAAUGAGCAAAAUGAUCCAUCAGUUUAUGUGCUUUUAUCAAAUAUAUAUGCAACUUCAGGUUUGUGGGAAGAAGCUGCGAAUAUUAGAGAACUCUCAAAGAGAACCGGGGUGAUGAAGCAACCUGGUUGCAGCUGGGUUGGGUCAUAAAACCAUGCAAGCUUGAACCCUGACGACAAACAAUAGUCGAAUAUGAAAUGGGAACUCAGCUUUCAACAAACAAUGUGUUGUUUGCUUCCCUAGUUUUUGACAGGUAGGUUGCCCCUAGUGGAUUGAUGUAUAAGCUGAAGUAUUUAUUGAGAACAUAUUGUGGGGAUUUGAAUCCAUUCUAAAUACAGCUUGAGAAGAAUGGUGAAGAGCCAUGUAGGAGCACUAGUCAUUUGUCAUAUUUGAGAGUCUCUAAGAUAAAAAUAACUUGCAAAUGUCAACCAUUUUGAAAGGAACUAAGUUGUCUGAUCCUUGAAAAGGUUUCUUCUGGCCAUGUCAGGUUGCGAGAAAGAUGUAAGCAGUUCUUGGGCCCUUCAACUUUCAUAAAGAUAUAGGUGGUGUUGAACAGUUGGUUUAUACAGGGAAGAUUUCGUGUAUCAGAAUUGGUGGAUUUAGUAAUACUGUAAACAAUAGGAUAUGGAAUGAAAGUCUACAACUAUUCCAUACAGAUAGGGGCUGCCCAUGGUAUCCAUCAAUGUGGAUUCCCCAAAUGGGAGUUUGAGUGGCAAAGCAUAUGGAAUCCCUAAGUGGAGAGGCGGUUAUAUCAAUAUCAAAAUCUUAACUUACCUAGUACGGGAUUUUACUUACUCGGGAUGAUUGACUCAACCCUAAAAGAGAGAUCCAACUCAAAUAGGUUCUUCGUCAUAAAAAAGAAAAAAUGUAGAUUGCACAAGGAACUCCAGGUGCGAAUCAUGGCUCAUGGCUCACCUCAUGUCAGUUGGUCUCAUCUUCAUCAUUAUUAUUUUCUGUAUUACAAGCAAUAGAUAGAACCUCUAUGUCAUCAUAGUUACAUGACUGGUAACCCACAGUAGCAGUUACAUGACUACUGAACUACCAAAACACCAUUGUGGUGCCUGGCCGGUGAUUAUCCAUCUGAUUGUGUAAUGCUUCUUUCUAUACAAACUGUUGACUCACCAGCCAAUUUGUCUACUUUCUUCUCUGAAAUGGCUUUAGGACCAAUAAGUUGUGCCAGAUAUGAGUUGUCUCUAUGAUUAAUUUUGGCAUUCAUUUUUAUGCAUUUGGUUAAUGAGAUUUCACGAUAGAUAUGAAGUACGUUUGUACAAGCAAGGACUUGUUUUUGAGUA